AUGUACUACGAGCCGACGUUGUUGUUUCGACAGAACGCCAUUCGCCGGUUCCACCCCAUGCUCCUGCCCAUCCAAUCGAGUGACGACUUAAAGCGGGGCCCCCGGCUCCCGCAAUUCUCCCCCAGAGAUACUGAAGUGCUAGACCAAGCCUGUGGGUUGUUACAGACAGAUAUCCGCCUGUCUUACUGGAAAAUCCCCGAUGAUAACAUGCACUUGACGGCAAUUGCCUCGGCUCAAGUCGAUGAAGCCAAUGCCAGACUCGCCAUCCUGUCAGGCAGACAACAAGCCAAUCUUUUCAUCUACGACUUGGACCCUGAUAAUGCUAGUUUGCGUCACCUGAGCACGAUUCUGCUCCCGCUGACGCUGGCCCUCCACUGGGUUGACGUUAAGUCUGGAUGGUUAGCUACCGGUAAUGACCACGGAUAUGCUCACUUAGUACUGAUCCCUAAAGGUGACGAUGCCUCAGCGUAUAUUGGCAAACGGUUUAACCACCGCAAGUACUUGAAACGUGAGUUCCACACCGCCAAACCGGUGCACCAGCUCCGCCAGUUCGAUAUUGACAAAACCAAAUUGCUCACGGUAUACGACCACCACUUGUUCUACUGGGACAUCAAGGCCCUGGAGGCCCACGCCAAACCGGCGCCGAUCAGUGUUGCCUCCGUGCAAGGGCUUGUGGCCACUGACCCUAUGCCUAAAAACGAUUGUAUCGUGUUGAUGGCAGGUCAUUUUGGAGUGACUUUACUAGACAUUCGGGAGCUGCCUAAAUUCCAAGUACCCCAGACCCUGGCGCUCAGACCACACCAGCAGCCAGCACAGACGGUCCGUUGGAACCCCGAUAACGCGAACCAGUUUGCUCUGGCUCAUCGUGACGACAUCAUCCGUCUUUAUGAUAUUCGCAUGGACGGGUGUGUGGGAAACCUCAAGGGUCAUAGGGGUAAACCUCUGCAAUUGCUGUGGACUCAGGGUAACCUUUUCUCUGGUGGCGGUGACGGCAACUUAGUCCACUGGGAUCUUGUUACUGCGCCAGAACAGUCAUUCACCAAUUGUACUCUUAAACAAGGGUUGGGCAGUGUUAGCUUCAACCCUCAAACCAAUAACGUUGAGGAAACGCUUUCCCAAAGACAGUGUGGCACCGUGCUCCCCGCCAGCAAUACCUCUAUUGUCGAUAUGGCACCGGUAUCCGAUCUCGGGGCUGUGGUCACCAUCGACGGCCUGGGCUUUUUCGGUUACCAUGCCAAAGUGGCGGCACCUAAACAGUACUACACCGACCACGAUCUCGCCUACCUUGAACGGGUUGAGAACCUGGCCCAGACCUUGGUUGAAGAAGAGAUUACGGGUGAAGAAAUCCUCGACGUGGCCACCGUUAAAGCGAAACAACAACUGGUGCCACGGGGGCUUUCGGAGCUGCUGCAAGAGACGCUCGCCGAGCCGCUGCUGGAGCCGGAACUGGAUUCGAGCAUCCACCUGCCGUUGCUGCGGGUGUUCUCCAACACCGGGUCGGUGCUGACGGUGAGCUCGGAGGUGGUGGACUGGUCCCACUACUCGGAGCUGCUCACCUGCGCCUAA